AUGGCAGCGGCGCAGUCGUCGCAGCCGCCCUCGCCCGCCAGCGGCAUCGGCUACCCGGCGGCUGUAUUCGGCGCCGCCCUGAUCCUCCUCGAGCGCUCCGCCGACCAGUUCAUCGACCAGGUCGCCCACCUCGCACGCGUCACCAGCGUCAGCCCGUCGCUCAUCGCCAUCCUCACCGCCGGCGCAGAGUGGGAAGAGCUCGCCGUCGUGGUGGCUGCACUCGGCCAUGGAGCUUCGACGCUGGCCAUUGGCAACGUCUUCGGCUCGAGCAUCUCCAACAUCCUCGGCGCCUUCUCGCUCGGCCUGCUCGCCUCGCCCCAGCGCGUCCGCUUCGACUACAGCGCCAAGCGCUUCGCCGCCAUCCAGCUGGCCAUCACGUCGCUCGUCAUCGCCCUCGUCCUCGUCGUCCAGUUCCAGGGCCACCACCGCCAGCAUCCGCGCCGCCCUUCGGCCCUCGUCGCCCCGCCGGCCCCGUCGCCGCGCAGCGUGUUUGAGAAUGUCGUCGGCGUCAGCCUCGUCAUCGUCUUUAUCCUCUAUGUCCUCGGCGUCGUGUGGGCCAUUGGACGGGGCAUGCUCAACCCGCCCGAGGGCAGCGACAGCGAGAGCGAUGGCGAUAGCGACUCGAGCGACUCGGACACCGACUCGGCCCCGCAACGACGCCGCCCAGGCCGCAGCGGCGACGGCGACGGCGAUGACGACGACGAUGACCAGAGCGAUGCGGUGAGCACGCGCACAUUUGCCAGCGAGAGCGAUGGCGCCUCGCUGCCGCCGCCGCCGCCGCCGCCCAAGUCGCGGCUGCGUUCGGCGCAAAAGGGUUCGCGCGCCAACACGGCGUCGGCGGCCGCGGCCGAGACGACGCCGCUCCUCGUGGGGCGCGCCACGUCCAACAGCCUCGCCAACCGGCAGCGAUCGCGCAACCGGCGUUCGAUCCACCGCGCCGCCCGCAAGCUCGUCUGGGCGCUCCUCGUCCUCUCGCUCUCGGGCUACCUCCUCUCCCGCUCCACCCUCGACCUCGCACGCUCGCUCCACAUCUCCGAUACGGUCCUCGGCCUGACGCUCCUCUCGUUUGCCACGACGCUGCCCGAGAAGCUGCUCAGCGUUGUCGCGGGCAGGAAGGUGGCGUCGCAGCAGGCCCAGACGAUGGCGCCGCAGCAGCAGCGUCAGCAGCGUCCGCAGCGGUCGCAGCAGCCCUCGCCGGUCCGGGCGCGCGGAUCGACGGGCUCGGCGGUGGCGGCGGCGCGGUCGGCGCGGUGGCUCGACGACGACGAGCGCCGCUUUGACGACGAAGGCACGGCGGCCAGCGGCAUCCUCAUGGCCGGAGCGGCGGGCAGCAACAUUUUCCUCCUCACCCUCUGCCUCGGCGUCUCGCUCAUCUUUGACAGGGGCGCCGGCGGCCUGCCCACCCUGCCCAUCGCCACGGCCGCCCCGGGGCCAUCGCCGUCGUCGGCCAACAGCGUCCGAUGGGAGGAGCUGGCGCUGCUGGAAGCGUCUUCGGCCGCCCUCGUCGCCAUCGCCUAUGCCGGCGGCGCGAGGUGGCACGGCUGCAUCCUCUUUGCCGCCUACAUCGCCUUCCUGGUGGCCGAGUUCACCGUGCUGAAGCGGUAG